UCUGUGUGUCCUCUUUAAAAGGAAAAUGGUGGGAUUUUCAGUGCAGAGAGAAGCUCCAGUUUAUUUGCUACAGAGGAUCUCAGAUGAACCCUGAGUUUGAUUUGGUGGAUAAAGAAAUGAGUUGGUCCGAUGCUCGAAGGUACUGCAGGGAGAACUUCUUGGACCUGGCCACUGUCAAGAACCCCGGAGAGAACCAACAAGUCCAUGAAAAGGCUCAGAGUAAAAGGGUGUGGAUUGGCCUGCACAGAGAGCCACACAUUUACUGGUCUGAUGGCACAAAGUACUCAUUCUCAAACUGGGCCAGUGGGAUGAACCCGUUUAGGGGUAUGAGUAAGAUCUGUGCAGCUCUGACUCGUUCAGGAGAAUGGAAGACUUUGUCCUGUGAAACAAGAUUACCAUUUGUCUGCUACAGCCUCCCUACACCUGUAAAGAGGCAGGUAGUGAAGCUCACAGUACAUGUGGAGGACCCUCCUGUGGAUCUGAAUGACUCUGCUGUGAAAGCAGAACUGCUGACAAGGGUGAAGGAGCAGCUGAAGAAGAAAGGAGUGGGUGGAGUCAGUGUGAGGUGGAGAGUGCAGCCGUAUGGGGAAGCUCUUGGCUGGAGAUGGAAGAAGAAAGAAGACUCUGAGAGAAAAAGAAAAUGUUUCAAAAGCUUUUCUGCUUGAAUCAUGUGACAGCCAAUUAAACUUUAUUAUCCACACGUCAUUCUCCCAGCUGUGUCUGAGCACAGAUGUGGGCUAACAUCUGUUUUUAGGCUCUUCUGUCACAGUGUUUGUGGGCGUGGCCUCUUCUUUGGCUUUCAUACAGAUAAAUGCAGACGUGUUUGUGAGCUACAGGUUUCUGCUGACACAUGUUCACUUUUGGAAAUCAGAGGGACAAACAUGCUCUCCAACAGCUGGUCACCCCAGUCACCGUGGAAACAAGCACAGGAAAUACAGCAGGCUGAAACUGUCACGGUCCUGGCUCUUUGAGUUUCUGGACUUUGUGUUUAUUAUUAAAUAUUUUCUAUGUGAUUAUUAGUUUGCUGAUUGUUUCUAUUUCAUCUUCGUGUUAUUCCUCAGUGUUUCAGUCUGGAGGGUUUAUUUCCAGUUACUGUUGAUGUUGCUUUAUUUUAUUCCUUCACUGUUUCCCGUCUCAUCCUCCUGUGAUAAGUUCCUUCAUGUGUCUGUACUUGUACUGUCAUGUACUUAUGGUUCGCCCUUCCUGUUUUAUUUUUUUGUCAUUGUUUUAAAUCACAUGACAGAAACCAGCGACGGCCAAAUAAAGCUUUAUGAAGCAUUGAAGCUCGUAUUUUAAAAAGGGUUUGUUACUCAAAGCUUUCUAACACAGUCCUCUUUUGUGGCAUCCAGUGGACAAAAUGCAAGGAGCAGCUUGAAUCUACAAAUUAAAAUGAGCUGCUUCAUUAUGAUUGUCUACUCUGCAGAGCUAAGUUGGCAGCUUCUAUUCAAUAUCAUGUUACAGUUCUGAUAUCGGGCUACUGUUUAUGUUUUCUGA